GAUCUUCAGACGUCAGUUGAAGGUCGACUUUGAAGCAGUGAAGAGCCCUGAACUGUGAUGGUUUAGAGAUUGAUUGAUUGAGUGAUGGGAGAUACAAGUAUGACAGCUCGGCCCCCCCUUCCCUUCCACCUUCUCAACCCACCCCCAGGGGUUCAUUUCCCAUCAAUAUCACCUUUUAUUCAUCCAGUUGCAAUGAGCUAUGCUAAGAGUUGGCAGGAGAAUUUAAAAAGACUUCAACGUCCGGAGAUUAGUUUAAGUAUUCGCCCUCCAUCAUCAGAAUUCAAUCAGAGCCUCCGCCCUCCGCCUUGUUCAGAGUUUUCUCUCCGCCCUCCGCCCAGUAUAAGUUUAUCUAUUCUUAACUCCUCUUCACUCUGUGAUCCCAAACUAGAGUUUAAUUCCGAAAUUAAAUCCUCUUUCAAGCUAGAAGAUGAGUCGGGGGCCCUCAACCUGUCUAAAGGAGGGGGCGAGGAUUGGUCGCCACCCCCCUCAACUUCUCCUGAUACAAGUAGGAGUUCUCCCCCCCGGUCGCCUCAGGGAUACAGACCCCCUACAUAUACUAGUCUGGAGAUAUGUGUAGUGUGUGGGGAUAGAGCAUCAGGUUUAUAUUUAUUAAACUUUUACAUCCUUUCACAUAUUCUUUCCUUUAAUCAUUCUUCCUUUCAUCCUUUAUUGAUAUAAAUUUAAUAUUUAUUC